ACGGCUGCAGGAUGGACUCGCGCCGGCACCAGCAGCGUCUCUCCUGCCUGCUUCCUCCGGGGACUCUUCAUCCAUCGACCGUCAGGCCCGGCGGGACCCGAGGCUCCUCCGCGACGCGCAGCUUCCACCCGCCGACGUGCUGCUGUUUGAUGGAGCUGUGAGGGCUCCUCGCCUCCCUCUCUAGAGACUACCCUGGAGAGGUCGGACGUCCCUCGCACAUCAAUGUCGCUCACGCCGAGUCGGAAGCCUUCAUCGGAGCAGCGCAGGCGCUCGGUUGGCACUGGUGGAAGCAGCGGGCGAUGUAUCCAUAGUGAUACAUCCAGUACUCACACCUGUCCCGGUCGGGUUAAGGCGGCGGAGGGCAGCCCCACAGCUCGGACGUACCCGGUCACACCCAGGCGACAAGCAAAGCACGCGGGCUGCAGUGACAACCAUGGGAUUAGGACGCCAACCCCGGAGCAGUACCUCACCCCUCUGCAGCAGAAGGAGGUGUGUAUACGACACCUGCGAGCCCGGCUGAGGGACAAUGUGGAAAGACUUCAACACAGAGACUGUGAAAUCGACGGGUUGAGGACCCAACUGUACAGGAUGCAGGAGGACUGGGUAGAAGAGGAAUGUCACCGCGUGGAGGCCCAGAUGGCACUGAAAGAGGCCCGGAAGGAGAUCCAGCACCUCCAGGAGGUGGUCGAUACCGUGAAGUCCAACCUGAGCGUCCGCGAACAAAACCCCCACGACCACAAGCCACACCCGGGGCUGCAGGAGGCUCGGCAUGGGGGCCGGUCCCGCUCCUGCGGCUGUUCCCCGGCCGGCACUUUGAGCCGCGGCACCACCCGCACCCGACUGAGCAGCGAGGCCCUGCAUCUGGAGCACGGCCCGAAUGCCCCCGAGGCGAGCAGAGCGCCCCGCCCGGCGGGACAAACCCACCUGCUCCUGGACGCCACCCUCCUGUCUGAGCAGCUGCCUCCGCAGGGCCACAUGCGAGGCCCCCCGACCCUGCCACGCUCCUCCACAUACGAAAGGAUGUGCAGCGGUGGGGCGGUGUUGCCCAUCUCGCACUCCUGCCACACUCUCGGCAGCGGCAGCAGCUGCAAGUGCAGCGGCCACAGCUGCCUCCCUCAUCACCACCUGUUCCUGCAUUUACCUCAGGAGGCCCCGGCUGCAGCGGCAGCUGCCGCCUCCCCGGCCCCUGAUACCGUCCCGACGCCUACUCCCGCAACAGAGAAGAAACCAGAGGUGCACUCCCGGGCCUGCAGCCCAACCAUGACCUGGCUGUGUGAGGAAAGUGGCGCCGAAGUGCUGAGCAUCAUUUCUUCAGCCACAGCAGACUCCACGCCCUCAGAACCACACCCGUUCCCAUCGUCCUUACCUGGCGCCUCCCCUGCCGAGCAUUCGUGCAGAGUGGCACCGCUGCCGCCCGUUGAACCACAGGGGGCAACGAGGACGCCGAUGGAGCCCCGUACCUGCCAGCCCCCCUCUGCAGCUCCGCUCCCGGAGAGGCGGGACGCCGUUGUGGUGGAGAUAGACGAGGACGACGGGGACGGAACUGAAGACGGGUUUCCACCCCAGCUCUGCCACUGGAGCCGCUACUUCCUCGUGGAUCUGUUGGCUCUGGCGGUGCCGGUGGUCCCGACCAUGGCGUGGCUGUGUCGGGGGGCGACGCGGGAAGUCAUGCCGGUGUAUCAAUUCGGCUCCCUGCUGAGGGGUUGCUGUGCCGUGGCCCUCCACUCGCUUCGCCGCAGGGGGGCGAGCAGGGGACGCGGUCCUGCCAGCGUAAGCGGCUCAACGCCGAUCUGAGACGUGAAGAAGACAACUCCCAACCUCUGCGGCAACGGCCACAGCAAAGACGACUUUCUUUGGGAUUAGCUCAUUACCGCUUGUCGAUAUGUCCUCUUGUAGGAUUUCUAGAUUUUACAUGCUGUCCUUGUGAUGUCAUAGUAAUGCCUCAGAGAAGAAAUGAUUAGUUGUCCAAUCUUUCAUUACUGAAAUAUACUACUGAGGUUUAGCUGCAUGUAGCCCAGUUUGGUUGGGUUCCCUUGCUUGAAUUAAGCCUAAAUGUGGAUUUAGAUGAUAUCCUCUGGGCAAAGAUAUGCACUUUAUUUUAUGAAGAAAAAAAAAAAAAAGGUCUGCGCUCCUCCAUUUUCAUCAUCAACUAUACACUAUUUAUUUAAUACUGAUUGAAUUAAAUAAAUUGAACUGAAAAAUUCAUCAUGAACAAUAAUUAAUUUAUAUAUUUUUUGCUUAAAAUAACCUGAAAUUAAAAAUAUUAGUUUGCCGUUUAAAAACAAAAUAUACCAAAACAAAGCACUGGGUUCUAAGCCACAUAUUUCUAUAAAACCUACUAGAACCAGACAGAACAUUUAGUUUGUUAUCCACACAGCUGGAAAGAACUUGGAUGAGCCGUUUUGUUUACCAACUUUUAAGAGCCAACUGUUUUUGAUACAAUGGUAUAUUUUCUAAUUGUACAUGAACUUUGCACAGCUGCAAGCAAAGAUUAACACUUUGCAUCAGUGUCGGUUGCUCCCACAGAACUGUUCAACAGUUUAUACUGAUGUACUGUGUGUAUCACAGUUGCGUACUCAUCUUACAAGCGGCCCUUCUGUGGGUCGACUAAAAUGGCUCCAUUGUAACUAUGGACUAUGGUGUAACCGAGUUCAGCCUUAUUCUGCAAAAAGAGCAAUGUUUUAGCUUUCAGGGAUCUUGUUGUUCAAUCAAUGAUUCAGCAGAAGACAGAGGAAUGGUCCAUUGAGAAGUUCAAUGGAAGAUAAAUUGUAAUAUCUAUAUUUGGGGCGAUGCACAUUGUAAUGUUGGAACUUUUAACUCAUUUUGAAUUUUUUGGGACUUUUUUCCUCCAUGUUAGAAAAUGCUUGAUCUAUAACGUAUCCUUCUCCAUGUAGAACGACUCCCUCCGUCAGCUUGUACUGAUCACCUGUAGUAAAAUAAAAUAUGCCUAUUGGUUUUCUUUUCUUA